CAAAAACAUUAUGUGUGCCUCGAGAGACUUGACUUUAAUCAAACACAAUAUAAAUAUUAUAGAUAUAGAGGGAACAAGUUAACUUUAUUGAAAGUUUUUAAAACAAACAGAAGAAUAUUUAGAGUCGGCUAAAAGGCUUUAGAUAAUGACAACUUUUUAUACCCCUCGUAGGAAAUAUCUCUAAUAUUUACAUAUAUAUGGAAACUUUCAAUAAUAAUAGAGUGAGACUUUGUUGGUGAAAAACAAGAGAGUAAAAUAAAUAGAAACUUGGGUUUAGGGAAACUUUGAUUUAGUCAAAAGCCAACCACAUGCAUUGCCUCUAUGGCUCUAUAUAUAUGCGUCUUUGAGAACUCAUUAAUUACACUUCACUUCAAUCAAAGACAAGAAGAAAGUUUAGCCAAAAACAAACAAGAAAAUGUCUAUCUUCCUUUGUUUCCUCUUACUCUUGCCUCUCUCCAUUAUCUUCUUAAAAAAGCUUUUACCGUCAAAAGGGAAGCUUCCUCCGGGACCUAAGGGUCUUCCGAUCAUCGGAAACUUGCACCAGCUUGGAAGAUUUCUUCACAAAUCUCUUCACAAAAUCUCUCAAAAAUAUGGACCGGUGAUGCUUCUCCAUUUCGGGGUAGUCCCUGUGAUCAUUGUCUCUUCCAAAGAAGGAGCUGAGGAAGUGCUCAAGACUCAUGAUCUUGAGACUUGUAGCCGACCUAAGACGGUGGGGAGCGGGUUGUUUACUUACAACUUCAAAGAUAUUGGUUUUGCUCCGUAUGGUGAGAACUGGCGAGAGAUGAGGAAAAUCGCGGUGCUCGAGCUCUUUAGCCCGAAAAAGCUUAAGUCUUUCAGGUAUAUUAGAGAGGAAGAGAGCGAGUUUUUGGUCAAGCGGGUAUCAAGUUCUGCUCGUGAGACACCAACUUCAUCAGUUAAUCUGAGGAAAGUCAUUUUUACCUUUGCGGCAAGCAUCAUUUGUAGACUUGCUUUUGGACAAAAUUUCUGCGAUUUUGUCGAUAUGGAGACAGUGGAAGAGUUGGUGCUUGAGUCGGAGUCCAACCUCGGUUCCUUGGCUUUUGCUGACUUCUUACCUGCAGGGUGGAUCAUAGAUCGGAUCUCCGGUCAGCAUUCCACGGUGAACAAAGCCUUUGCCAAACUCACCAAUUUCUUUGAACUUGUGAUUGAUGAUCAUUUGAAGAGUGGAAAAAUCCAAGAUCACUCAGACAUCAUCAGUGUCAUGUUGGAUAUGAUCAAUAAACCCACUAAAGUCGGUUCUUAUAAAGUCACCGAUGACCAUCUCAAAGGAGUUAUGUCGGAUGUGUUUUUGGCUGGAGUGAACGCGGGAUCCAUCACAAUGAUAUGGACGAUGACAGAGCUAAGCAGACAUCCGAGAGUGAUGAAAAAACUUCAAGAAGAGAUUCGAGCAACGCUCGGACCCAACAAAGAGAAAAUCACAGAAGAAGACCUAGAGAAAGUUGAGUACUUGAAGCUCGUGAUCGAGGAAGCAUUCAGAUUACACCCACCGGCUCCUCUCUUGCUCCCAAGACUAACAAUGUCGGACAUCAAGAUUCAAGGCUACAACAUUCCCAAGAACACAAUGAUCCAAGUCAACACUUACACGAUUGGACGUGAUCCCAAAACCUGGACAGAACCCAACGAGUUCAUCCCCGAGAGGUUUGUCGAUAACCCUAUCGAAUACAAGGGUCAGCACUUUGAGCUAUUGCCGUUUGGAGCCGGACGUAGGAUCUGUCCCGGGAUGGCCACGGGGAUUACCAUCGUCGAGCUCGGCCUUCUUAACCUUCUUUACUUCUUCGAUUGGAGUUUGCCUAAUGGAAUGACCACUAAAGAUAUUGACAUGGAAGAAGACGGAGCUUUUGUCAUCGCCAAGAAAAUCUCUCUUGAGCUCGUACCAACUCUUCAUCGCUGGUGAAGAAUGUAACUAUGUUAAAUAAUAACAAGAUUUCUAUAUUUAUGUCUACUUUAGUACUACUGGUUUGGAUUUUGGUUUGUUCUUUGUUUUACUUUUACGUUUAUUUUGUCCUGUAAUCAGCAUGUUUCAUGUUUAUAUAAUAAUGUUUCAUUACUGUA